CUCAUUGUAACUCAUUGUGUAAUUGAGUAUAUGUACUUGUUGUGACUUCCACGCUACAACAGAGUGGCAUUCCACCUGGAACCAACCACAAAAUAGAUCGAUAUGGGCCUAUGACCUCUCAAAUGAUGAUCAUCUUUCGUCCUCGCAUACACACAGCUCUCUGCGGUCCACCUGACAGCACCCUUGAGCCAAGAUACUGGCCAGGUAUGAGCCUAUUGCUAACACCUGCAUGUAGGACGCGACAUGCAUAGGUUAAUAUUGGUGUCAAGUGGCCUGAGCCAUUGCAUCGGCUGUUCCGGAAACCCCCAUGUUAAAGGAUGCUGCAUGGCGUAUCGGGUUGUUGCUGGGGGGCAUGUUGAAGUUGGAAUUGCCUAAAGUGAAGCUAUACAGGGUGCUCGCUACAGCUGACCUUCUGCAAAUGCAUCAAGGUCGAGAUGGAGGUAGCGCGUAUUGAUACUAUAGGCUGGGGCUUCACAAUUUAUACAUUACGGUCGUUCGAAUCUCUUGCUGUCCCUCGUGUUCCUUCUGAUACAUCCCUUGGGAUUUCUUCACACAUAAUCUGACUCUGGUAUUCACAACUUAUAGACUAUAAUGAGUUAUAAGUAUUACCCUAUCACUGGAAUUAAGGAUGGGUUGGGCCCUCACGGGAAAGUCCCAGUGAGACGAGACUUCGAUGAAUGGAGUACCAGCACCGAUGAAACAGACAAGAUACAGUUUAUCCUAUAUCUUUUGGCUCUUAAGAGACUCCAGGCUGUCGACCCGGCUGAUCGGGAUUCGUACUUCCAAAUUGCAGGCAUACAUGGCUAUCCAUACCAACCAUGGGAUGAACCCUCAACUACCCAAGCUGAAAUAGGCCGUAAAGGUUACUGUAAUCAUGCGAACGUCUUGUUUCCGUCCUGGCAUCGGCCUUACAUGCUUCUCUACGAGCAACGUCUCUAUGAGAUCAUGGUAAACGAGAUUAUCCCCAAGUACCCAGCUUAUAAAGAGAAGUACCUCGCAGCUGCUCAUAAAUGGCGUCUCCCGUUCUGGGAUUGGGCCAAGAAUCCUCGAGUUCCUCGGCUAGCAAGGUAUAAGACCGUCAGCAUUGCAUUUGGGGGAGAGCCCAAGUUCGAGAUAGCAAACCCCCUUUAUCAAUUCCGGAUGCCAAACGACAAGAAAAUGAGAGUUUAUGGCGUGGGAUCAAUUGUAGAUUUCGAUGGUGGCGAACCUUUUGAUUACGGAGAGUGCAUUGCCACCAGUCGAUGCCCAACGAAGGAUGAUCGCAAAUCCGAUUCCAAUGCCUGGAUAAAUGGAGCAGUCCACGAUGACGAAGUAGAUCGAUUUCUUACGGAACACUCAUCUGUAACGGACGAGUCGUACGGGACAGCUGCGGAGUUGGUUUAUCGACUUCUAACCUAUCCCAUGGACUAUUCUCAUUUCGCCACGCUUGCAAGAGAUGAGACUGCAAAGAGUGCAGGGGCCAGCACCUCGAAAGUGACUAAUGAUAUCAACCUAGAAUUCGUACACAACAACAUCCACUAUUGGGUUGGUGGUAAUGGUGGACAUAUGUCACAAAUCCCAGUUGCGACAUUUGAUCCAACAUUCUGGCUUCAUCACUGUAAUAUCGAUCGCUUGUUCGCGCUAUGGCAAACAAUCAACCCGGGCAAGUGGUUCACAUCAGAUACCCAAAGGUUUUUUGAUCAAAAAAUAGUUGGCUCUGGUAGCUUGAUCACGAACAAGACGCCCUUACGUCCUUUCCAUAAGGAUACAUCGGGUACCUAUUGGACUCCCGAUGAUACCCUGGACUGGUUCAAACUCGGCUACACAUACCCAGAACUUCCUACUGGAAAAGAGACUCCUGCUCAAAUUCUCAAGAUUGUGAAUGAAGAUUACGGUAUCACUCGUAAAGAAGCGCUGAUGCUGGCUCAGAGUGCGAGUGAUCCACUACCGGGCUUCGAGGUCUUGAGUGACGGGGCGCGAAUGUACGACUACGCCCUCAGCAUUAAAUAUUCAAAAUUUGCGUUAGGUGGCCGUCCCUUCAAUAUCGAGGUCUUUCUACGGCCUGAAGGCGAGACCAAAAACACCUUUAAAACUGAGGAUUUCGUUACCAAUGUAUUCAAUUUCAGUCAGAGGCCUGAAGAUGAAGAUGGUAAUGAAGUUUGCGACAAUUGCAAAAAGGGACACGACAAGAACGUCCAAUCGACAGCCUAUGUUCCUCUCACAUCGUACCUUUUGAAGAUGUUCAAGCAGCAACAGCUGAAUAGCCUUGAACCGCCCACGGUUGAGAAAGUUCUGAAGAGAAUGUAUUGGCGAAUCGUAGAUAUUGGCGGGCAAACUAUUCCUGAGGAGAAAUGGAAAGACACAAUGAACCUCGAUCUCUCGGUCUCCAAGACGCAGAUGUCGUACAGUUCAGAUCCUCAGAAACCAACGAAGUUCCCUAACCCUGAAGUCAUACCUCAGUUGGGAACGGACUUAGCCGAGCCUCAAGCACAGACUGGGACUGGCAAUAUCAUCACGGUCUCAAAGAUCAAUAAGCUCUCAGAACCAGUACUAGAAGGUGGCUCUAUAGUCUUCAAAUCGCCAUCGAUGAAAUUAGCCAAACCAGCCCGUGAGACUGGAACAGGCAUUGCGCUCCUCAACUGGGACCCUGCCAGCAAAGCCGACUCGCUGGACACAGAGAACUAUGACAUCCUUCUCUCCAUGGUAAUCAAGAACGGGAAGAGAGUGGUGCAAUGCAACCACAAGCUAGCCGGGAAAGGAUAUAACGUCAUCAAGGAGUUUUCGCCAAGCCCCUGGUUUAGCGAGAGCCCAGAGCUCAAGGUCGAUAUCAAAGGUGACCAGUUCGAUAUUUAUGUCGAUGGACGGAAGGUCGAGUCGUACAAAAGAGAGAUAAAGAAGAGCGUGACCCAUGUGCAUUACUAUAGCACGCCUUCGCGCGCAGAACCUGUCAUGGCAAGGGAGAUCACAGCAAAUACGUACUAGCCUACCCUAUAGAUAGGGAUCGUAACUGAGCUAGCCAUUGUCCCUGUGUUAGAUUAGCCUUUUAGUCUAGGUAUUAUGAAGAGAAUGACGAGUUUUAUGUCAA